AUGCCUACACCAGUCGAAAAGCCUAAGCUGGUGGUGGCUUCCAAAGAAGCCUUCUUGUUGCUUGAUUUCCCUCCUGAACUAGCAGACGCCUCUGUCAACUUACCAGAUGAUUUGAAAAACAAGGUCACUAUGGCUAGAGAGGAUCUCAUAAUGUUUUUGUGUGGGAACUCCGUUUGGCCGGGGGCUGAUCCAAUAGCUCAUUGCUAUUGCGGUAUCCAAUUUGGCAAUUUCGCAGGGCAACUUGGUGAUGGUGCUGCUAUGUAA